AUGGUGGCUGCGGCUCUGGCAGCUGUGACACUCCUGGCGGUGGUGGCGGCGGCGGCAGCGGUCGUGUCGGACGAGGCACCUGCCCUCUCGCGAGACGAGCUGGCGGCAACGGCGUGCAGCCUUCGGCGAUUUUCGGCGCAUGCAGUGGCGAACGACAAGAGUGUGCGCGAGGAGCUGUAUGACGAGAUCGACGGCGGACGACCGGUGGUUGUGACCGGACAUACCUUUGAUGAGCAGUUCUGGUCGAUCGAGCAUCUGGGGGAGGUCUUUCCGGGCUUGUACGACGUCAGCGACGACGUCAACGUGGCCGAGGAUGAGGCCAUGCGGGCGCAGUUGCGCGAGCACUACGACGUGCCCGAGUGGCUUAAUCGUGAUGGCUUGGUGCCGACGUUCGGAUCGGACUAUGUGUUUGUGGGACGGCUCAUGGACGUCAACGACCGGCACAUCGACUCGGGAUGCGCCGUCUCGUUCUCGUUCCAGCUGGCCGGCGUCAAGCUGUGGGAUCUGGACAACCCUGGCAACCGUAGCGCGGGCGCCGACGACUUUGAUAGCUGCGUCCUCCACCCGGGCGAUGUGCUUGUCUUUUAUCCAGGCUGGUACCACGAGACGACCGUGCUCUCGGACGAACCCUCGCUCGCCAUCUCGCUCUACUUUUCGUCGCCGGCCUGGAGUCUCAACCGGUACUACGCGGCUUAUGCCGACCAUCUCUUGGCCAUCCCCGAGUACUGUUCAUGCUACAAGACGAUGCUCCCGGAAACUGUCGACGAUGCGGAGCUUGCCGCUGGCUACAAGGCCUCAUGUGACUACAUCCGCUCGCAAAAGUCGUUUAUGGAUGACGACGUGGUGCUGGAUGGCAACUGUCCCGAGGGCUUUGCUUGAUGG